AGCCACGUCAAAUGUAGAAACCUGGAUCCGGAGUGCUAAUGUCGGCUGUCCGCAGCUUGCUCCAUGACCUGGGUGCGAACUUGUCCAGCUUUGAGGCGGCGGCGCCAGGCGCCGCAGGCGCCGCAGAGAAGCCCGCUGUCAAGGUCUCCGAGAACGUUGGAUGCGCGCCGGGCUUUCGCUGCAUGUCUCUCAUCAGUGAGUUUGGCAUGGAGCACAAUGGCGAGUACGAGCGCGUCACCACUCCCAUUCUGCCGCCCCGCUUCGAGCAGCGGGAUGUUUGGGAAUGGGGCUGCCCUGCCCUAGGCAACAUGACAGCCGAAGGCAAGUGCAAGCCACCCAAGCCAGGGGAAGAAGCAUCAGCAGGCAUGUGCUGGUCCCAAGACUCUCUGCUGGUGGGGCCAAAGACUCCCUGCGGCAGCCAAGGGGACAAGUGCAUGUGUGUGAAGCCGGUGGGCAGUGAUGGCUCGAUUGGCUAUGGGAACAAGAGCCGCGAGAUCUUGCCAGAGUUCACCGAAGGUGACUCCGGUGAUUACGGAGGGGUGGAAGUGGUCAUGGGCAACUUUCAAGUCCAGCCCAUGCCGCAUUGUGGUGACUGCAUGGAUCUAAGCGCCAACUGGGAGGAGUGCAAGCAGUGUGCGAACUGCUCCUAUGGCACCAAAGUGCUCGAUGGCCGGCCGACCCUUGCUUGCUACCCCAAGGACUUCCAGCCUCCCGGGCAGCCGUUCGUGGUGGAAGAGCCGCCAAAGGCGGGGGAUGAGUACCGGCAAAAGGACUACGUGCUUUUGCAGGGCCAGGAGGCGCACGAGCAGGAUAUGUGGGUCAUCCCGCAAUAUCCGCUGUGGGACCCGCAGCCGCAUGGCGUGGAGAAGGAGGCCCCGGAAGGCGGCCAGAUCUUCCCUUUCCAGAUGAACACGGAGCCCCUGUCCAACGAGGCAUGGGUGAAGAAGUAUCACGAGGCCGCGCCGCGGAUCCAGGCUCUCAUGGACAACAUCGCCAUGAGGCUGAAGAACACCUGGGGCCCUCAGGCGGCUGAGACGGACUGUUCUGAGCCGCUGGAGGAGCGCGUCGUCAAGGCCAACACGGCCCGGCACAUGUGCAAAGAGAUGCAGACCCUGCAGGGCACACUGGCGCCUGGCCAGCUUGGCGCCUUUCCGCGAAAGGCGGAAGGGCAGACCUUGCGGUGCGAGUUCGAAAGGAAGGACACAUGCUUGAAGCUGAACUGCUAUAGCAAGGAUGAUGACUUCUCGGAAGCUGUCUCCAUGAUGAAGCGAAGAAACAAUGAAUGCAGGACGGAGAUGGAAGAGAAGGCAGCAGAAGAGGCGGCAGCGGCGGCAAAGGCAGAGAAGGGGAAGGGAAAGGCGGGCGGCAAGGGUGCCAAGGUUGGCGGAAAAGCGCAGCCUGGAGAGAUGAGUGUGAAAGAUCUGAUGAAGGAGGAGGAAGCCCCGCUCGUCGAGGAUGCUCCUGCUGAGGCGCGGAAAGAGGUCCAGCAGGCGAUGCCCUUGCUCCUGGGGCCGCCUCGAGGCGCAGAGCGCGUGCGCCGGGGUGACUUCCUCUGCGCUGUCAGCGUUGGCGGUUAAGAG